UAUGGUUGACGCAUGCGUCUGACGUACAUAUGUAUGACGGCGGUGACUGAAUUUUUUUUUUGCAUACGAAAAAUUCGCUGCUAAAAGUACGAACCUAAAGUGCGUGUAAUUAACGAAAGUCAGUUUGAAAGCGAAACGUAUUAAUCCAAUUGCACAUUGGCGGCUCGAGUAAAUUGCAAACAACACGUUGAUCGUCAGUUUUUGCACGGAACAACCUCGUGUAUUUAAUUUUUUUGCGCAUACAUUUACCGAUAUUUUGGUGGCUACACAGACAUAAGGCAUAGCAGACACACAACCAUAGCGACAACGCAACGCAACGACGACGACGACAAGAACGAGCGACGACGACGACGACGGCGACGACGUGAAGCGCAGUGAAGAAGAAAAAAAAAAACAAGCGAAAUCGAAAGCAAAAUUUGUCGAGUCGCGUCAAAAAUUUUGAAAAUCUUGUGUGCUAAGCUGAAAGAAUUCGAAACAAAAGUAGUUCGAAACUCCAAAAUAGAAUAGCGCAAAACACACACAGAACGCAGAAGAAGAAGCAGUAACAGCAGCGCAGCAUCGUUGCAAAUUACAGCUAAGAGGACGACAGGAAUCGGCAGUGACGUAUACAACUAAUACCACUAUCAGCAGCAGCGGCAGCAGCAGCAGCACAACAACCACAUCAAAAUGAAUAAAGCACCUCAAUUUGAAGUUCCGCUGACCAUUGAGCCAGAGCAUGAGUUGCGCUUUAUUGGUCCAUUCAAUAGACCCGUGGUGACAAUCAUGACCCUGAAAAACAACUCGGCCAUGACGCUGGUCUUUAAGAUCAAGACUACGGCACCGAAGCGCUAUUGCGUACGUCCAAACAUUGGCAAGAUUGCGCCUUAUCGUUCGACGCAGGUGGAAAUUUGCCUGCAGCCCUUCAUGUACGAUCAGCAGGAAAAGAACAAGCACAAGUUUAUGGUGCAGAGUGUCCUAGCACCGCAGGAUGCCGAUUUGACUGAUCUAAAUAAGUUGUGGCGGGAACUGGAGCCCGAUCAGCUAAUGGACGCCAAGCUAAAGUGCGUAUUUGAAAUGCCGCCCGCCGAGGCGAACGCCGAGAACAGCAGCGCCGGCGGCGGUAAUGCCAGCGCCGGCGGCAGCUCGGGCACCAAUCCGCCCACCUCACUCAGCACAGGCGAGACGCUUAAAAGCGAUGCGCCGGCAAUGUCCGCCGUGGUCCAGGUGCGUUUCCCAUUAGAUAUAUUCCCAUAUUUUCCAACUAUAUAUUGUAAAUUGCAGUCGUCGAAUCUGUCCGAUGCUGCAGAGCAUGCCGAAGCCAUGGCGGCCGAUCUUAGGGAGUUACGCGACCUCAACAGCGAACUGCGAAGAGAGAAUCUACAUUUGAGGGAUCAAAUUACACGCUAUCGGAGCUCUCCGGCUACCAAGCAGAUCAACGAGCCGUACGCUCCGGUUCUGGCUGAAAAACAGAUUCCGAUAUUUUAUAUAGCAAUUGCAAUUGCUGCGGCCAUUUUGGGUCUGUUGCUGGGCAAGUUUUUGCUCUGAAUGCCAUAAAUACAACAACAGCAACAUCAACAUCAGCAACAACAACAACAACAACAAAUAGCAACAACAACGAACACAGCAACAGCAACAACAACAACAACAACUAAAGCAGCAGCCACAAAAUCCAUUUGCUGUGUGGCUAAUUCACUAAAAGUUUAACAAUUGUUUAAAUAUUUGCUCACUUGAAAUUAAUAAUCAUUUCUGUUAUACUAAACUACAACAACAACAAGAACAUUGUCAAAAUAUUAAUUCAAUUGAGCAAAAUUUAUAAUUUGUUUAGGCCAUCGCAACUGUCAAAAUUAUGUACACACCCUCACACAUAAACGAAACACUCACACACACACAUAUAUAUAUAUAUACACACACGUAAAGGACACAUGUUUAGAUAAUGUAAUUGUUAAAGUAAAAACAAAAAUAACCGUAAGCAAAACUGCAACUUGCAUCCAAAAAGUAAUCGGCAAUAGCAAAA